UUGUACUCAGCAGCUGCAUCUUUAAGUCAGAGAAUGUUUAAAACAGCGCUUCUUUUGAGUAUUUUGAGUGCAGCUUAUCAGCAGGGAUGUUUGGCAAGAGAUUGUGAUACAGCAACUUCGAAUGCCUCAUCUGAAUUUGUCUUACAUCAACAAAGUCUAAUUAGCUUGCAGUUGAAACUAAUAACCCUGCAGGAAAAUCUGUUUCUGGCUGGGAAAACGUUAAAAGACGCUGAAGAAACUCGACGAAAGCAGAUCGCAGGAUUCGAGAAAAUUGGUUCGCGAUACUUUUACAUCGAAAGUCAUCUCAAAAGAAACUGGUGGGGCGCAUCGGAUGUCUGCCGACAAAAAGAUGGAUUCCUGGCUGCUCCAAGGAGUUCCGAGGAGUUGUCUGCAAUCAAAUUAAAACUGACGUCUGGCCAAAACUAUUGGGUUGGAAUCAGCGACCUGGGUGAUAAUGUCACUUACGUUUCUCAAGCAACCGGACAACCAGCCUUUUUGAUGUGGGCAACUUGGGAGCCCAGCCGUGUCUUUGGUAAUAAAGAUGAGGAUUGUGUGGAAUUGAUGGCACAAAGAAAUUACUUCAUGAACGACAUCAAGUGUAAUACUAGAAGUCAUUUUAUUUGCGAGCUGAGCGAUUAAAACAUAUGCAUUAAAAAAUUAAUCAACUCAAAUUUGUCAUAGAAAUUUUACAAUAAAAUCUAAUAUACAUAUGUAAAAAGUAAUGGUUAUAUAUAUUUUACGAAACAUAAGAACUAAGUAAAAUACAUAAAAAUCUAAAGCUAAAAGCCGAAAUUC